CAAAAUGCCACCGAAGCAGAAAAGUCUUAGAGCAUUGCGAAAGCAUGUGACUACGGCCUGCACACAUUGUCGGAACAAUAAGGUAAAGUGCGACGGGGCGACUCCGACAUGUAGUAAUUGUCACAGUAAAGGGAGGCCGUGUCAUUACAAACAGAGAGAGGACAAACGGAAAGUUCCGGUCCGCGUGGCUGUUGGGCUGCUCGCACAGAGAGUCGACAGUCUGGCCCAAUACAUCAGAAACGCUGGCCUGCCGGUUCCGAAGCAGGAUGAACACAGCCACCGAGUUCUAAAGGGUGUCUUGGAGGCUCUAGAGCUCAAAUGCGAUGACUUGGCUGUUGAAAAUAUACAGGCUUUGAGCGGGGUCGAACCGGCUUCGUUGGCCAACCCUGUGGAAAACGAGCUGUGCACGCGUCCGCAUGCCGAUUCGACUGCCCUGCGUGAUGGAAAUGGUACUGCGGCAUCGCGGCGUACCGCUGAGGCGUCUGCGUUCUUGACUCCAGGCAGUGAGACAGUCGGAACUACAUCCCACGAGAUAAUAUCCCGGCUUGUCGAGGGUCAGCCGUCCGCAACUGCGGUGACAAGCGGUGGAGCAGGCCAGAACGAGCAGGUUGGAUCGGACCCUGAAAGCGAUGAUGAAGUCACGGAUCAGUUUUCCUGUCGACUAGGACGGCUACAGCUGACCAAUGAUGGUCAGCUACGCUAUUUCGGGUCAUUGUCGAAUCUAACACUGUUGGAUGCGCUCGUGGGCGCCGCGCCACGGUUAAGCGUCCACAAGGACACACCAAUGCUCUUAGAAAACGCCAAUCUCAAUAGAGAGCCAGAUGAGGCUUUUGAAGAACACCUGCUGGAAUUAUUCUUUUCCUGGCAAGAUCCCUCUAUGCAUGUCAUUCACCCUGAUACUUUCUGGAGGUCUCGAGCACAGAGCAAACACGAAGGGCAGGCCAACCAAUACUAUUCCCAGCCUCUCUCAGAUGCCAUGUGUGCUUUGGGUGCUGCAUAUGAGUCCAAGUACCAUCCUCAGUUUGUGGUGUUUCCACGCUCCCUGGCCCAGUAUUUCGGUGAUCGAGCGAGAUUGUUGCUGGAGCUAGAGCUUGACUGUCCUUCCAUUACAACAGUUCAAACGCUGGUCCUCCUCAGUCAUCACGAGGCAGCUUGCACGGAGGAUACCCGUGGCUGGCUUUAUAGUGGAAUGGCUAUGCGGCUAAGUCUAGACCUCGGGCUACAUCUUGAGAUGGGCCCUUACAUAGAAAAGGGGACAAUUUCCCACCAGGAUGCUGAGGUCCGGCGGAUGAUAUUCUGGGGUGUGUACUUGAAUGAACAGUUCUGGGGAUUCUACUUGGGACGAUCUCCUCAAAGUCGGAUGGAUGCUGUGACCGUCCAACCCCCACCUUGGCCAGACCCUCUGCCCCCUAUCAAAUGGAAACCGUAUCCAAAUAUCUCCUCAGUCACACAAUCCUCGGUUCCAUCCAGUUUGCUGUGUCGACAAUGGAUAAAACUCUAUGAGAUCAUGAUUCCUCUUACUGAUAUUCUAUACGGCUGUUCUGAAAUAUCCAAGCAUGCCUUACAGGAGCUGACCGCGACAACAGUAGACAGGUUGCGAUCAUGGAAGGUUGAUCUGCCUCUGGAACUGGGCAUCGACAAAGCUUACGGCUUUCAACCGCCUUUACCCCAUAUUCUGGUACUACAUAUGCAAUACCAUCAGUUUAUGAUUCAUUGCCAUCGCCCAUAUAUCUCAAAACGAUAUAUCCAGCCUCACCCCCCUCGGGGCCCUGGGUCGAACCAUGCCCGAAGGAUGUGCGUGGAAUCCGCCAUUGCCAUUGUUGAGAUCCUGGGAUUGUACGAAAGGGCAUAUGGCUUCGGACGUGCUAGUGUAUCCAUCAUUUACUAUGUCUUUUCCGCCACUCUCAUCUUAACUUUCACCACUGUUCCUAGUCGAUAUGUGUCCCAUGAGCAAUUGCUCACAAACUAUUUGGGCACGUGCUUCCGCGCGCUGGAGGAUAUGAGCACCUGCUUUGAGAAUGCCAAACGGACAAGCACCUUCUUGAGGGCAAUACAGGAACAGUGGCAUACCCAACGUCAGAGCUGGAAGACUCGAGGAAAGAAACGAAAAUUUGGACGUCCGUGCCAUGAGACAGACACCUCUCGCUCCCUGGAUGUUAAUGCAGGCCCACCCCUUUCCGCCUCGGACGAUCUUCCAUCGGUCAUGGAUGAAUAUGGGCCUAGUUUAGAUCUAGGCGUGGAUGGUCUCAUGGCUGCGUGCUCACCAUUUGAUGCGUCUUCCAAUAUCCAUUCUAUGGAUCAUAAUCUGUGCAGCGUUCUAUUUAGUGAGGGUAUUCCUGACACUUUUAUAUGAGUGAACCCCACUCCAGGAUGCAUGUUCUUACGUGGGAAGGGAAAAGCAGGCUGGAUGUGAUACAUUUGACCUGGUGCCAUGGCAAAUACUAGGAAUUAUGGAGGCGGACUCCUAGCAGACAUGAGUAUACUUGACUGAUCAUUAGCUAUCAAAUGUUGGAUUUUGGUUCGGCC